UAGAAUGCAGUAUACAGUAUGCCCCAUGAGUCCAGCAAAUUAUAUAUAGCUUAAUUUAACAAACAAACAAAAAUACGAAAUCAAUAUCAAUAAUGUAUUUACACAGACAGACACGGAAACAAGUUUUUGAAAGUCAAAAUGGUUCACCAUGUUGGAUGAUUAUAACGCGACGGACACCGCCGUCAACGACACGUCAACAUUAUUCACAACGGCAAUCGUGGAAUCAGUAUUGAGCACAACCAUGAUGACCGAUGGCCCAUUGGCCGACAGCGAUGCAGUCUCUCCGGUUACCUUAAGCAUGGAAUGGAGCAGGGUGGCCAGGUUGUUGAUCAUGAUAGGGCUGUCAGUGAUUGGCAGCAUUGGCAACGUGUACAUGAUCAGCUCGGUAAUGAUCGAAGAUCACCUGAAUAAGAGAGGCAAUACGUUCCUAGCAAACGUAGCAUUGGCCGAUUUGCUAAUCAGCGGUCUGGUGAUUCCGGCAUCGGCUGUGGUCAUACUGGCAGGCCUCCAAGACUCGCCUCCGGUAUGCCAAUUUCAAUGGUUCCUGUCCAUCUUGUGUUGUCUGGUGACCGUGAUGACCAUGACUGCGGUAGCGGCCGAAAACUACGUUCGACUGUGCUUGACGCCUGAAUGCUACGCAAAGCUGACCGUCACGAAAAUCACGACUUUGCUGUUCGCCAUUUGGAUACUCAGCGCGAUACUGGUCACCCUACAGUUCAUAUACCACAUGGGACCUAACUACUGUGCCAAAAGAGUGAGCGGCAUCGUUCCUGUCCAAGCGCUGGUGGCUGGAUUCAUCGUGCUGGUACCGUUGAUCAUAACGGCUGCGCUCUAUUUGCGGAUCACGUACCAGGUGCACGUAGCCCGGAUGAACCCGAGCUUCAAACCGCCGCUGGCGUUCAACUGGGACUACUCGCUGAUGUUGGCCAACGCGUAUAGCUUCGUCAUGUUCCUGUUGUUCUGGGCGCCGUUCGCCGUCGUGCUGGCCCUGGCCACCGUGCAAAAGCUGUCCGCGCAGAUGUUCUACAACCUGGCGUGGCUGGCGCUGAGCAAGUCAUGCUUCAACAACCUGCUGUACUGCGCCGGCAACCGGCACUUCCGCAACGCCUACGUCAACCUGUUCCAUUACUGCUGUUGCAAGACCACCGUGACGUUUUCCAGGCGUGCCCGCGACGGCGCCAGCCGCCCGUCCGGCGACGUCCGCGUGCACAUCAUUCCCGGCUACAACAUGUACUCGUACACCAGUCCCACCAGGUCCAGGGAAUCCGGAUCGUGUCCGGUACAGAACCGACCUCGGACCCGGGCCAACGGCAGGGACGUGUACGAACUUUAAGAGUUUAACAAAAAUCCGGCGAUCGACUUUUUUUUUCUAUUUUAUACUCUUUUUACCUAUUAUUCAUAAAAAAAAAAAUAUUUUGAAAAAAAAAGCCACUCGGGGGUUAGUUCCCGAGCGUUUAGGUCUAUAUAAUCACCGAAGCAAUUGAGGAGAACUAAUACUCACUUGAAGUCAUCCGAAACCGAUACGAGAAAGUAAAAUUACUAAUAUUGGAAAACGAUGAGGACCAAAAGGGUACAAUCACUGAUUUAAGGACCCCGCCACUUCGUAAAACAAAUCGUCUCUCCUUAUUUCCUAUCACUGCUCAUCUGUUAUCUCUUAAUAUAGGUCAACAAUGAGACAGACUUAAUUGAUCUUACUGAAAAGUGGUCUGCAAUUAAUAUUGAGAUGACCCCCGGCCAUAAAAUAUAUUCAUGUGAAAACUAACAAACAUAAUCCAUUAGGACAAAUUGAAUAGGGUGCAAUGCGGUAAAUGCAGUUAAAUAGGGCAGUGCAACUGCUUAAUUUUAGAAACUUAGAAAUAAACAUUUUUUUAUUGAACGUCAAAAUGCUUUAACAUAGGAUUGAGCCAAAUCGUUCAAUUAAAAUCUAAUAUUUUUUAUUAUGCCUUAGAAAAUUUUAGCGAUUACACUUGCCUCACUUACCUAAUAUAAUUUUUAUUUCGUCUUUCUGUACAUUUUUAAAAAAAAAUUCACUUGUACCCUUUUGAUUCUCACCGCGGUGGUUGUAAAUCUACAGUGGUUGAUACUUGGAUAUUUUAGUAAGGCCGAAGAACCCCACCAUCUCAAAAAAAUUGGAAGCUUAUUGCGCCACCGUCUAUUUAUUAUAAUAAUGUAUGCCUAAAUGAGCGCUUUUGUGUGUGUUUUAUGCUCGCCAACGACCAAUUAUCACUAUUCAUUCUCCAUAAUAUUACAUUUUAUUAUUAUUAUUAUAUUCUCAUCCGUGGCAGUAAAACGCGGCGACAGUGUGCCACAUUAGUAAUAAUAGAUUAUUUUUACCGUUUUA